UUGGUUUUGGGUUUUUUUUUUUUUUGAGAAGGGAAUUUUAGGGGGACAAAAGGAAGAACCGUGCGUACCAGGGGCAAUAGAUAAGGGACGGCCGGCGAGAGUCGGAGGCGUUGGGUCCAGGAUGGAUGUGGCCGACCCGCAGCAGCUGGGCAUGUUUACAGAGGGGGAGCUGAUGUCCGUGGGGAUGGACACGUUCAUCCACCGCAUUGACUCCACGGAAGUCAUCUAUCAGCCCCGGCGCAAGCGGGCCAAGCUCAUCGGCAAGUACUUGAUGGGAGACCUGCUGGGGGAGGGGUCCUACGGCAAGGUGAAGGAGGUGCUGGACUCAGAGACGCUGUGCAGGAGAGCUGUCAAAAUCCUCAAAAAGAAGAAGUUGCGAAGGAUCCCCAACGGGGAGGCGAACGUCAAGAAGGAAAUCCAACUUCUGAGGAGAUUACGGCACAAAAACGUCAUCCAGCUGGUGGAUGUGUUAUACAAUGAAGAGAAGCAGAAAAUGUAUAUGGUGAUGGAGUACUGCGUGUGUGGCAUGCAGGAGAUGCUGGACAGUGUGCCGGAGAAGCGCUUCCCUGUGUGCCAAGCCCAUGGGUACUUCUGCCAGCUGGUGGACGGCCUGGAGUACCUGCACAGCCAGGGCAUCGUGCACAAGGACAUCAAGCCGGGCAACCUGCUGCUCACCACUAGUGGCACACUCAAGAUCUCCGACCUGGGUGUGGCUGAGGCCCUGCACCCCUUUGCCGAGGACGACACGUGCCGGACGAGCCAGGGCUCCCCAGCAUUCCAGCCCCCUGAGAUUGCCAAUGGCUUGGACACCUUCUCUGGCUUUAAGGUGGACAUCUGGUCAGCUGGGGUCACUCUCUAUAACAUCACGACAGGCCUGUACCCGUUUGAGGGGGACAACAUCUACAAGUUGUUUGAGAACAUCGGGAAGGGAGACUACACGAUCCCGGGUGACUGCGGCCCCCCGCUCUCGGACUUGCUGAGAGGGAUGCUGGAAUACGAGCCAGCCAGGAGGUUCUCCAUACAGCAGAUCAGACAACACAGCUGGUUCCGGAAGAAGCACCCGCCAGCUGAGGAGCUGGUGCCCAUCCCGCCGAGCACGGACUGCAAAGACCGCUGGCGUGGCAUGACGGUGGUGCCCUACCUGGAGGACCUGCACGGCUGUGCUGAUGACAACGGGGACGAGGACCUGUUCGACAUCGAGGAUGACAUCAUCUACACUCAGGACUUCACGGUGCCCGGUGGCGAAGAGACGUCUGAGGCAGGGCUUAGAGAGGAGAGAGGCGCCCAGAAGAGUCAGUGCUCAGACCUUUCUGGAGAGGAAGCUGAGGCCGGGGGUGCACAGGAGCUCAAGGCCAUAGUGUAGCGCUGCUCCCGCCCCUCCCCCCGUGCCACCCUGUGCCAGAGAGGCCAGGCCUCAGCAACCCCCACCGGCCCUCCCUGACCCUGCCCAGGUAUCUGAGGGUGGCCAGGGCAGCUGCCCCACCCCCACCCCCCAGUGUUCACUGUUCUGUUCUGGGGCCAGUUUCGCAGGUUCCCAUCAUAAAGAUUUGCCCCGCAGUGCAUGUGUGGGUGAUGCUUGUCUCCCUUUUCCCUGGCUCAUUUGCCAAAUGUUAGAUUUCUGUUGUAGAGCAAACUGGUGUUUGGGGGUGGCCUGUGUGGUGGGUGGGGCCCCUGGGGACACCCCACUAGGCAGUAACUCUAUGGGCCCAGCACUGUUUUCCUGGCAGAGCUGGGGCGGGGUUCAUGCAUCCCAUUCACGCAGGGGGCAUGCUUGGGGGUCAGUGAUGCCCAUUUUGGAGGUGUCACCUGCUGGACCCCAAGCAGCUGUGGCUUUGGCUCAGCUGUUUCCCUGUAGAGUCCCGGGAGGUGAUGUGGCCUUGCAGAGGCCUGUCCCCUAUGUAGAACAGGAAAGAGGUGUUUUGCCUCUCAGAGGUACUGGGCUGUUGUGUCGGGUCCUUGGGAAUGACCCUCGCUGGCAGGCCGUCUGCUAUCCCAGCAAGGUGGAGUGAGGACUCUGCCAGAUCCCCAGAACCUUGCCAGACCACUGAAUACGUGUGUGAGAGGCCAGGAGCUGCCUUUCAUGGUUGGGGAGGGCUCAUGCAGAUGCCUGGCCUGAGAGGAUCCGUCCACAGUGGAAGUAGCAGAACUCUGCUCCAUCCGGUCAGCAGGGAGGUGUGCUGCAGCCAAGUCCUUCUUCACUGCAGUCCAGUGCUGGGGUCGCCCUCAGAGGCUCUCAGCUGCUUGGCCUUGGUCUCCUGGGACUGUCCCCCCUGUGGGGGUCUGCCUCCCACCGAGAGCUGGGUGCUGGGCCUUGGGCUGGAGGUGGGUGGUUGUGGAUGAUGCUCCAGUCCUUUGAGGAUAAGGAGGCCAGACCCUGUACCCUGCCCCCUGUCCCCAGCCACAGUCGCUGUUCCAGUAGCUGGGCUCCAGGUGGUCUGUGCAGAGCUGUAGUACUUGGUGCCUGCGAGGCCCCUCCUCCAUCAGGGCAGGGCACCUGACCCCUCUCAAGACCUCUCCCCCGCAGGAACCGGUCAGCAGUGAGGAGCUCUGACCUAGGAUGCUUCCUGUGUGCAUAGGGGUGACUCACAGCAAGUUCUAGAAGCUGCUGAGUCAGAUACUGGGGACCGUUGGGCUAGAGGGGGCUCUGUGCUGGUGAAGAGGUGGACUAGAGGCAGCUGAGGGCAGCUUCCCACCAGUGUCCCAGAAGGGUGGGCCAUGGGCAGGAGGCCGAUUUUCCAUGUGCACUGAAUGAGCUACAUGGGCCCUAGCAGAUUGGCCGACCCCUGCAUGCCCUCCUCCUCCCCACUGCACCUCAGAGCACAGGAGUGCAGGCAGCCGUGCCGCCCCAGGCCUGUGGCCCCCGGAUGCCAGCAAGGGCUGGUGCUGCCUGGUAGUGAGUAGGGGCAUGGCAGGCCCCUGGCUCUGAUCUCUUCAUCCAGUGCCCAGUUUGGGGAGCUGAGGCUGGCCUCAAGGGGAAAGAUGAGUGUUGCACACCUGGCCUGAGCCCAGCCUGUCCCAAGCCCCACAGGGCCCAGUGAGGUCUGGCCUCCACACAGGUGAGCGGGCCCAGGAUCGGGCCCUGUGCCUUCACCGUGUGCUGGGGUGAGGGUGAGCAGGGCAGCCCAGCCACCUGCGUGAGAAACCAGGCUCACACAUGAGCAGGCAGGUGAGCAUGGGCUGGGCCCCCACCUUGGCUGGCCGACUCUGAGGCCCUUGCCCCUUCUAGCCGGAUGAAGGGCCCCGCAGGCAGGACCUAGACGGGACAGGUGGGGCAGGUGGUGGAGGACCCUGUGCCUGGGUGGAGAGGCCUGGGGAAUG